AGCGAUUCUUUCAAAUCUGUUCUACUGUUCUAUUAUAACCUAAAAGCUAUUGUUUGAUGUUUAUUUGUUUGAAGCAGUGGAAUCGUUGGCAAGACGUCUGUAUCCUAUCACUUGUGUUACAACAUGAAAUUGUGUGCCUAAACGUGAAGAUUUAAAUGACGCAUUUUGUGUCUGCGUUUGGUGCAUUAAGCUUAAGAGAUUAAUUUUAAUGUGAUACGUCUGUCUGUUGGUAUUUAAUUUGUUUAGGCGGUGUUAAACCUAUUGAAAAAUCCAACACCUUGUUACUAGUAUACAUGCAGCAGUUAGGAAUGGAUAAUUUUAUAUUACCUGCUUCUCCUAACUGGCAACUGUCCAGUGUGUUGGCCUGCAAUGAUAACGGACUAAUAGCUUAUGGUUCAAGAUCUGAUGUAUCAAUAAUAAAUUUUAAACCAAAUGGAAAAUUUGAAGUUUCAAUUUUACAGUUUGCUCACAAGGAUAGACUUUCUACGAUUGUGUUUUCACCUGUUGAUGGUAAAUUCAAAAACUGUCUAGCAACAUGUGGUGAUGAUGGUAUGGUGAGACUGUGGAAUUUUGAAGAAGGCCGACUCUUAUAUUUUCAUUCAGGUCAUAAGGAUGGACUCAAGGUGGUGGGACUGGACUGGUCCAGAGCUGACACCAACAGGUUGGUUUCGGUCAGUGACUUGGGGAGCAUCGUGUGCUGGGACCUGAGGAGUAACACAAUCCGUCGUCUGCACUGUGGUGUCAAGGUGUUACCUCUGACACUGGCCUGCUGCCCCCAUGACCAGGAUCUGGUGGGCAUUGGCUGCAAGGGUGGUGUCACGCUCAUUGUUGAUAUUAAAGGGACAGGAAAAAUUGUUCAUCGUCUUCGUGGUCUUGAACACGAUGUAAUAUCUAUCUCAUGGUGUCCAGUGCCAUAUAAUGUCAUCAAGCGCAAAAGGAAUGUUGACUCUAAGGUAGAAGAUACAAAAGAAGUAAAAACAGCAGAAGUGGUGGAAAGUAAUACCGAAACAGAGCACAGAGACCUACUGUUAGCCACAGGCUGUGUGGACAAGUCUAUUUUCAUUUGGCGUGCGGGUUCAGACGGGCGCUAUGAGGUCAUUCUCAAUCUGCCAAACAACAGUGUAAACUCCAACUUCCCAAGGAAGAAAGGAUACCCUGGCUCCAACAACACGAUGUUGUGGACCUGUGUACACUGGGUGGACGCCUACACUCUGUUGUCUACUAGUCAGUUUGGAGAAUUGUUGUCAUGGGAUCUCAAUGAGGUCUCCAUUAAGGACAAGUAUGUAAUUCGUCAUGAUGUUGCAGGAAGAAAGGAUACCCUGGCUCCAACAACACGAUGUUGUGGACCUGUGUACACUGGGUGGACGCCUACACUCUGUUGUCUACCAGUCAGUUUGGAGAAUUGUUGUCAUGGGAUCUCAAUGAGGAAGAAAGGAUACCCUGGCUCCAACAACACGAUGUUGUGGACCUGUGUACACUGGGUGGACGCCUACACUCUGUUGUCUACUAGUCAGUUUGGAGAAUUGUUGUCAUGGGAUCUCAAUAAGGUCUACAAGGACAAGAACACCAAGAAACUCCAACCCCGGUUGCUGCACUCUCGCCAUUACAAGGGCUGUUUUGCCAUUGCCUGCCCGGUCAUCUACGAUGCAGUGACCAACUGGGAGGCCGAGACCCGCACUGUGUGGACUACAGCCAUGGACAAACAUGUUGUGGGUUGCUCUUUGGGCUCGGGGAAAAUCAUAUUGGACAUCCCAACCAUGGGUGGAGCUGUGUAUGCUAUGGCUCUCUCUCCACUUGAUCCUAACAGAUUGGCCAUUGGCAGCAGUGACAGCAAGGUGUUUGUGUGGAACAUGAGCAACUUGACCUCCCUCAGUAUUGUCAGCUACUGGAAGAAGAUUAUCGGAAAAGUCAUGUCUUUAUGCUGGCACCCGAAUGAGGAGAACUGGCUGGCGUUUGGCACUGGUGACGGCCAUGUUGGACUCAUUGAUGUGAGCUCCAACAAGACACCCACACUAUUCCGUCUCCACCACCGCAAUGCUGUCUACCGCAUCUGCUGGGCUCCACCUGUCUUAAAACCGGACGAUGCAGACAUUGACAAAACCAAGUUGGUCUUGUACUCUGUUGGUGAUGGAGAUAUAUUCCAAUAUACUGCUAAACCUGAAGAAUCUAAUGAAGAACCUAAGUCGCUGAACACUGCGUUGUUGAAUAGCUUUGAUAAAAGCCUCGGACUGCACAACUCUCUUAUCCGCUCAGAUAUUGUGUUCAAACCUGACUCCACCUGCUUUGCUAUUGGUAGUGAAAAUGGGUCGGUGUAUAUUGUGAGCUGUGAGACACUGAAGCUGAUGCACACAGUGUAUCCGCACAAGAAGCUCAUGAACAACCUGGAGUGGCAUCCGGAGACUGUGGCUAGUGACAACAACAUUUCACCUUAUAAGGACUGGUUGGCCAUCACUUGUGAAAACAUCAAGGUCUACGACAUUCCUGCAGAAGGACAACCAGUGUUGGUUGCUACACUGUCAGGACACUCUGAGAAAAUAGUAGGUCUGGCCUGGAGUCCACACUUCAACGGUCGGCUGCUAUCUGCUUCCUACGACCAUUCUGUGCAGAUAUGGGAUGUGCCUAGCCAGAAAUGUCUAGGCGUGUACCAGGGUCAUAGCAUGGCUGUCAUGUGUGCCCUGUUUAACCCUCUGAACCCUGACAUGGUCAUCUCGGGUUCCAGCGACAACACUGUACGUCACUGGUCUAUCUCGCAGCUGGCUCAGAAGCCAGUUGUCAAACCUGCAAAGAAGAAGGAGCGCCAAGGGGCGUUGGACAAGGAGCGAGCUGAUGCUGAAGAGGCCACAGAACUCAUUGUGGGUGUGUCUGAACUGGCUACAAGUAAAGAGCGCCAAGGGGCAUUGGACAAGGAGCGAGCUGAUGCUGAAGAGGCCACAGAACUCAUUGUGGGUGUGUCUGAACUGGCUACAAAGAAGGAGCACCAAGGGGCAUUGGACAAGGAGCGAGCUGAUGCUGAAGAGGCCACAGAACUCAUUGUGGGUGUGUCUGAACUGGCUACAAAGAAGGAGCGCCAAGGGGCAUUGGACAAGGAGCGAGCUGUUGCUGAAGAGGCCACAGAACUCAUUGUGGGUGUGUCUGAACUGGCUACAAAGAAGGAGCGCCAAGGGGCGUUGGACAAGGAGCGAGCUGAUGCUGAAGAGGCCACAGAACUCAUUGUGGGUGUGUCUGAACUGGCUACAAAGAAGGAGCACCAAGGGGCGUUGGACAAGGAGCGAGCUGAUGCUGAAGAGGCCACAGAACUCAUUGUGGACUAUGCAUUAUAUCAUGUGUCAAUGUCUGUUAUAGAGAAGGAGCGCCAAGGGGCGUUGGACAAGGAGCGAGCUGAUGCUGAAGAGGCCACAGAACUCAUUGUGGGUGUGUCUGAACUGGCUAAAAGGGAAGAGAGUAAUGUCAGCACCAGCAAACAGAACAUUGCCACCAACACCAGCCCUACUUCUAAACAGCCAGGGUCUGCCACAGACAAGAGUAUGGAGGAGUACAAGAAACGCCUUAAGGGUCGUGCAGUGUUCACUGUCACAGGAUCUAAUCUCAUACAGGCCAGGCACUUUGACGUAGUGUAUGAUCGAUGGGAAAAGACAACAAACCCUGUUUCUACCCUAGACAAUGAUCUCACAGCGUCCACCACAGAAACUCCAUCAGCAACCGACAUAGGAUAUUUAGAUUUUUUCGAAGAUGACAAGGCCAUGCGAAGACUGCUCAUGGUAGAAGAGAGCCGAUUGACGGAGAACAAGCACUACAUGUUGGCCCAGACUUCUAUGCUGUGGCGAGGGGACAUUUCUCAGAUGAUCCAGGAAGCCAUCGCGAAAAAGAAACUGUCCGACUGGCUUGUGUCCAUGGCUCCCCUCGCAGGCUUUGAGGUAUGGGAGGAGGCGUGUGUUGCGUUCGCCAAGCAGCUGGAAGAGUGUGGAGAGGUGUUGAAGGCUUCUUCAUACCUGCUGGCAAUCCACAACGUUCACGAGGCCGUUAGACUACUGGCCGAUCACAAGAUGUUCAAGGAGGCUGUGGCGGUGGCUAAGUGUAGACUAAGUCAUGAUGAUUCUCUUACCUCCAAAGUCUACACAGAAUGGGGUGACAUGUCCCGAGCACAGGGGAACCUCACACUUGCGGUUCACUGCUACUGGGCAGCUUGCAACUUUCAACUUUGUAUAGAGACGUUGGUACGAAUAAAGGAGCUCAAAUACCUCAAGAUGGCUGCUGUGAUAGCCAAGUUUCACAAUUACACUGAAUUGGCCAACAGUCUAGCACUCGAAUGUCUGUUAAUGAGCAUCUCUGCAAGCAACCCUACCGUUGGCUACCACAUUCUGGAACAGUUCCCAAAUGAAGAGUAUGAGCACUGGACUGUCUGGCUGAAAGUAAGCGAGGUAUUAUCCAAAGUCAAGAACCGAGGUGAAAGAGAUCUGUUUGAUUGGCUGGAGGGCCGACAGAAGACCCAGAUCUCUCUUCCAGAUGAGCUGACUAAAGUGUUCUCGUCCCUCUGUGAGCCCCGUGAAGGUUGUGAUAGAAAGUAUUCUCCAAAGAAAGAAGAAGUAGAGGUUGAUAAUCCCCAUGACAGAACUACUGAAAUCAUGAGUUUUAUCUACUCAAGAUUGCAUUCUCACUUUCCUACUAACAAGAAUCCGGAAUAUGAACGUGAUCUGUGGUUCUACUUGAGCGGACAGCUGACGGGAGCCUUCGUUGGCAGACUGGGGUGCGCUCCUUCACGCUUCCUGCGACAUCUUGUCGCUGCUUUCUCAGCUGCCUUCCACUACCAGACCCAUCACCCCUCCAGUUUGGCUCUACCCAUACUUGUGUCUGUCAUUUCCCCUGCUGGUAUUUUUGCUGAAAAUAGCAUUUUUACCAUGGAGUACAAGACUGAUAAGGAGAUACAACUGGCCAAAAGUUUGAGGGCGUUUGUAUGUGCGUCGAUAGUCCAAUGGAUGAGCAACAACUGGGAGAAGGUGGUGGAACUGCGGUCCAAGCGUGAGGAGAAGCCUGCAGAGAAUGGUAGUGGUGAUGGUAGGCAGGAAGUGGAGCUGUACAAGAUGGACUGGCUGCCAGAGUUGAUAACCAGAUGCAGUUCAGAUGUACUAGAUAAAGAGAAUGUGUCCUACUUUGUCAAGAAAGCUUUGAAGGAGGAGUUACAGAACACAGUAACAAAAGAAAACAUCCAGAAAAAAAUUACAAUGGAAAAGAGUGUGGAUUGUAAGACAACCAAACAAAAUAAAAUAAAGAACAAAACCCAAACUAUCUCAGAGCUAGCUGAUGAUGAAACAAAUGGCAAUUUCAGUGUUGAAAGUCAAACCAGCAAAAAAGAUGUUGCAGAAAACAAGAAUGAAAGCCUGAAUUCAGCUCAAAACAAAGGUGAUUCUGUAAUAGUUGUCCCCAAAAAAGAAGAAAAAUCAACACCUUUUCCAAAAAAUCAAGAACAACAAAACACAGCUGCACUGAAAUCUAAUACAGCUGAAAAUGCAAAAGAACAAGAAUUAGUACAGGCAAAUAAAUCACUAAAUGAAUGCUCAGAAGAUGCCCAUAAACUUUUGCAGAAAACUGGAAAAGAAACUAAUCCAGCGACUUCAAUUGUUCAAAAUGGUGAUACAACUACAGUUCAUUCAGCCCAAAAUGGUGAAGCUAUUACAACUAAUGGCACAGACAGUCAUGGUGUAAGUGACGAAAAUAUUGAAUUAAAGUUAAAAGAGAUAAAAGAAAUUGAUGAAGUGAUCCAUAAAUUUGAAACUACAAGAGUGACAGUACCAAGCCCUUUCACAGCAUACAUGAACAUUAAGUACCUGAUUGACAAUUUAGUCACCAAGCAAGACUCAAAACUCGCUCAAAUUCUACAGGGAAACUGUGACAAAAUUUGGAAGAAAUCUCAUGACUAAGUCGUGUCCCUAUUUUUGUACAUGGUAAUGAUAGUUCUUCGUUAGUAUUGAUUUCAUCAACAAUCAUUUGAUUAAUUUGGUUUGUUUUUUAUUAUUUAUUUAGUUCUAUUUACAUCAAGUGUACAUGAUUAUACUGUCUUAUUGUUUUACUUUACAUAAAGAUCAUGUAUUUUUGUAAAAACUCGCCUUGUAUCAUAUUGAAAGUACGUAUCGGUUUUCUUUAAGUAGGCUAUAAUUUAAUUUAUCUCUAAGCAUUAAGGUUUUUUUCUUUCAUUAAUUAGUAAGUGAUACCUGUUAUUUUCUGGUACAUGUAAUGAUACAAAGUGUUGAAAUAUUUAAUCAAGCUGUUGAUUGUUCCUUUGUUGAUGUUAAUAAAGAAUUUUCUUAUUUA